UUUUUUUUUUAUUAGUGUGUGUACAAUUAAUUGAAAUGAAUAAAGCGGACGUAUUUCCACCGUAUUAUUCAAGUGAUGAAUUUGUUUGGACCACACCGUUUGUUAUUGGACCUAGUAUAUUAUUAGGCACACUUGCUUUAGUUGGUUUACCUCGUUACCUUCACAACAGGUUUCACCAAACUAGUGCCACAACCACUAGACCACUUUCUACCUUUUCAAAAUUUAUUGUCCUUUUAGCUGUGAUCAUAACCAGUUCUUUUCUGGUCGAUGCUCUGGUAAUUGUCGCUAGAGUAAUUGUGGAUGACCAUUGGACUUCUUCCGUCUUGGCUUACUACAUCAUUGUAUCUUGGCUCGCUUGGACUCUCAGCUUGGCCGCAUUGGCCGAUGAAACUCAGAAAUUCUCGCAAUGGUUCUGGGUUCAAUAUCUAUUUUGGAUCAUUGCUGUCCUGAAUGAUACCUUUGUCGGUUGGUUAUGGAUGAUGGGCGUGCUUAAACCUGUACCUGGUACCAUUUUCUCGGCUUGGGAUCAUGUUUUACUGGGCAUCUUUAUUACACGAUAUAUCGUUGAAGUACUCGUUCUUAUGUUGUCAAUUGGUCACUUAUUCAACAAUCCUCCAUCCGCCAACGACGGAGAAAGAUCAGCUCUUUUAAGUUCGACUGCACAGCAAUAUGGUACCAGAGAAACUCAGCCUACUGCUAGUACUAAAACACCUACCUCCGAACCCAGUCCUUUUGAAGGUUUCUUUUACAAGAUGAAGAAGCUCUUGCCGUUUAUUUGGCCUCAUCAUGAUUACAAACUUCAAUUGUAUGUGGUGCUUUGUUUUGUAUUGAUGUCAUUGGGUUUCGCUGUUAAUUUAUUAGCACCUCAGCAAAUCGGUUAUAUUGUUGAUAAUUUAAAAGCAGGUGAAUUUGCUUGGAUGCCAAUUAUGAUUUAUGUUGGACUCAAGUUCCUUCAAGGAGGGUCGGGACUUUUGCAAUCUUUGCAAAACUGGCUUUGGAUCCCAAUAGGUCAAUAUACCACGCGAGAAAUUUCUUUAAAAACAUUUAGUCAUCUCCACAGCCUAUCAUUGGGAUUCCACAUCAAUCGAAAAACAGGUGAAGUGUUACGUAUUAUGGACCGUGGUACAAGCUCCGUCGUGAACCUGUUGAAUCAAAUCUUGUUCCAAAUCUUUCCUGUCUGGGUCAACAUUGCCUUGAUCUCUGUCUAUGCCACCUAUAUCUAUGCGCCUUCCUUUGGUUUGAUUGUGUUUAUGACCAUGGUCAUGUACAUGUACGUCACCAUUGCUGUUACAGAAUGGCGUACCAAAUACAGAAGAAGAAUGAUCGAACUAGACAAUUAUGCUCGUACAAAGGCCGUUGACUCGCUCUUAAAUUUCGAGACCGUCAAAUACUAUAAUGCUGAAAAUUUCGAAAUCAAUCGUUACAAGGAUGCCAUUCUGGAUUAUCAGGAAGCUGAUUGGAAGAGUUCCGUUUCCUUGAAUAUCUUGAAUUUGGCUCAAAACGCAAUCAUCACUGGUGGUUUGCUCUCUGGUUGCUUGUUAUUUGCAUAUGAAGUAUCCAAGGGUGAAUUAACCGCAGGUAACUUUGUUGCAUUUAAUAUGUACAUGAUGCAACUUUAUACUCCCUUACACUGGUUCGGUACGUAUUACAGAAUGAUUCAAUCUAAUUUCAUUGAUAUGGAAAAAAUGUUUGCUUUAUUGGAUGAGGUUGAAACUGUUCAAGACGCUCCUGAUGCUACUGAAAUGGUUGUUUCUAAAGGACAUGUUGUAUUUGAUAAUGUUACGUUCUCGUAUGACGGUCGCCAAACUGCUCUCGAUGGUAUAUCCUUUACCAUUCCCAAGGGAGCCACUGUAGCUCUUGUGGGACCUUCCGGCGGCGGAAAAUCCACUAUCUUGCGUUUGUUGUUCCGUUUUUAUGACCCAAGCUCGGGUUCUAUCAGUAUCGAUGACCAGAAUAUUCGUCAAGUGACUCAGCUCUCGCUCCGAAAAAAUAUUGGCGUUGUUCCCCAAGACACGGUUCUUUUCAACGACUCCAUCUUUUACAAUAUCCAGUAUGGUGAUGUUUUGGCUGAUGAAGGCGACAUUUAUCGUGCUGCCAAAGCAGCCAUGAUUCAUGAUAAAAUCGAGUCUUUCCCCGACGGUUAUGAAACCAAAGUGGGUGAGCGUGGUCUUCGUUUAAGUGGCGGUGAAAAGCAACGUGUAGCCAUCGCAAGAACUAUUUUGAAAAACCCACCCAUUAUCUUACUGGACGAAGCCACUAGUGCACUAGACACUACUACCGAGAGACAUAUUCAACAAGCUUUGGCUGAUAUGACCAAGGAUCGUACUACACUUGUCGUUGCGCAUCGUUUGUCUACUAUUGUCAAUGCCGACUUAAUUUUAGUAAUUAAGGAUGGCAAAGUAGUAGAAUCAGGUAGUCAUGAGGAAUUAAUCAAGAAGGGCAGUGCCACAGAUGAAGGUGUCUAUUACGAAAUGUGGCAAAAGCAGCUGUUUGAUGAAAGUGAGACACAAAGCGAGACAGCUAUGGAAGAGGAAACAGGUAGCACUUGCACCUUGGACGAUUUAAAAAAGAAAAAACCUACACCAAUUGAGACACUUGUACUUGACGAAGUAGAGGAUGAGGGAUCAAAUAAAGAUAAUGUGGUUUCAUCCCCUAUACAAGUAGAGACGAUUGAUUUGGAAGAAGAAAGUACACCACCCGCAGUGGAGGAAGAACAGAGCAUAUCACCCACAAUGGAAGAAGAGGAGAGCAUACCACCAGUUGUGGAAGAAGAGGAGACCACAACUCCCGCAGCGGAAGAAACCACAACUACAUCGGAUGAUGGCAAUAAUAAGCAAAACACUGCCAGUAGUAAUUCUUCAUCCAAUAACAAUAACUCAAAAAAGAACAAAAAGAAGAAGAAGAGAAGUAAAUCCAAAUUCUAGAAAAUAAAGUAUAAUAGAGCUUUUUUUUAUAAAAAAAACAUAUUCAGUUUCUUUUUAAUAUA